AAGAAUAGGGGAAGGACUGGGGAGGCAGGAUAGAAAACAUUAACAGCUAGAAGAAAUAAACAUUCCUGCAAGAUCACUCAGACUCAACACACCUUUGUAGAGAUGUGGUAUAAAGUGUAGGAGGCCAAUUUUGAUAGAAAGGAAAGAGUUGAGGAGAAAGAGGGAUUUCAAGGUCUUUAAUUGAAGCAUUCCAGGUGGUGAUGUCAUGGACGUGGUAACGAAGAAAACCGUACGGGAUGGAGCCGACGUCACUGAAAGACUAAUUACAGAAUCAGUAACCACAAGACUGACGUCCUUACCACCAAAAGGAGGAAGCAGCACCGGGCACAAAACCUCAGCCCACGGCGGAGGGAGUGGCGUGGAAAAGAGGUCGUACACCCACAGCAGCAGCAGCUACGUGACUUCAAGUGGAAGUGGUAGACUGAACUCCUCCUCCUCUGGCUACAGGCAAGCCCCGUCUCCCGCCUCUACCCUCACCAAAUCACCUGCCUCCACCUUUGAAAGAAAAACCUAUGUCACCCGCAAUGCAACAUACGAAGGGAGCUCCAGCGCAAAUUCUUCUCCCGAAUUACCUAGGAAAGAGUUUGCAUCGUCCAACACCAGAGGGCGGAGUCAAACCCGAGAGAGCGAAAUCCGAGUACGACUCCAGAGCUCAUCUCCCUCCACCAGAUGGACCGAACUGGAUGAUGUGAAGCGUUUGUUGAAGGGCAGUCGAUCGGCCAGCGUCAGCCCCACACGAUCCUCAUCCAACACUCUCCCCAUCCCCAAGAAAGCUGUCGUGGAAACCAAGAUGGUGACUGGGAGCUCUCAGUCAGUGUCGGGGACAUAUGACACAACCAUCAUGAACGCCCCCCUCCCUCCAUACAUGUGGUCCUCCACCCUGCCUGCAGGAUCUUCCCUCGGUGGCUACCACACCAACGUGGCUCAGAGCUCUUCUCUAGUCAACGCCAUGUCCCAUUCAACAGGAUCAGUGUUCGGACCCCCAAAUAACCUGGCUUCCGGCUCUUCCAUGCUCAACACAGGGCUGAGCACUUCCUCAACAGUGUUUGGUGUUCAAAACAACCUGGCUCCCAGCUCCACAGCCAGGACUCAGAGCGCAACCUCGGCCUCCGCAGUAUACGGAGUGAAGAAAAACACUUCCCAGAGCACUGGUAUGACUACUAGUGGAGUGGGCACUUCAACUGUUGGCAGCACCGUGAACACCCAGAGCGACGACAUCCUGAGCAAGGACUGCAAGUUCCUGCUGCUGGAGAAGGAGAAUGUCCCUGCCAAGAAGGAGAUGGAGCUUUUCAUCAUGACGAAGGACGGUGGCAAGGUCUUCGCUACUUCUAACUCAGGGUUCAGUGGAGGGUCCUUUGCAGAAGACACCCUGAAGAAAGAAAAGCAGGGUUUCUCUUCUUCUUACGCUGCAGACUCCUAUGUGAAAUCUGAAACAAAUGGAGGUCUAAAAUCCGUGUCAACAAAGGACAAAGCAACUUACGCAGAAAUACGAGGCGACGGUGGAGGAGGUGGGCUAGGCGCUGCCCCAGCUUGGUGUCCGUGUGGUUCCUGUUGUAGCUGGUGGAAAUGGCUCCUGGGUUUGCUUCUGACGUGGCUGCUUCUACUUGGAUUACUCUUUGGCCUCAUCGCUUUGGCGGAAGAAGUGAGGAAGCUGAAGUCUCGUGUGGACAUGCUGGAGAGAGCCCAGGGAAUUGUUCUGGACAAAACAAACAUUGAAAAAUAUGUUUCCGAUGUGGGGCAAGGUACAACAAGUACACAAUUCAAUCUUAAAGAUCAAGAUGCCCUCUGGCUCUUUAUGAAGAACAAAAUAGCUUCGGAAAGAGAACAAGGUUUAUUCAGAGGAGAACCCGGUAUGAAAGGCGAUAUGGGAGUGCAAGGUCCCAAAGGAGACCGAGGACUUCCUGGUGUACCAGGCAUCCCAGGUUCGUUUGGGCACCCAGGACCAGAAGGCCCGAAAGGACAGAAAGGCAGCGUGGGUGAUCCUGGCAGGGAGGGACCUAUGGGCUCACGAGGACAUGAAGGACCACCAGGGCCUCGUGGGGAACCUGGACCACCUGGAUUUGGGGAGAAAGGAGAAAGAGGUGCAUUUGGUGAACAAGGACCUCCCGGGCCACCAGGGUCUCCUGGCCUCCAAGGCAUGCCGGGUUCUCUUGGCCCACGAGGUUCUCCUGGUGCCCCUGGACUUCAAGGAUUUAAAGGUGAAGCAGGUGCCCCGGGGCCCAAAGGUGAAAAAGGAGAUUUGGGAACAGCCGGACCCAAAGGUGACCCUGGUGAGAAAGGACCUCGUGGUCUGACAGGUGAACCAGGCUCAAGAGGGUUGCCUGGUCCUUCAGGUGAGCCAGGACCUAAAGGAGCUACAGGUCCAGCUGGCCCCGAUGGACUCCAGGGCCCAAGAGGUGAACAAGGUCUGAUGGGACUGCAAGGAGCACGAGGACCAUCUGGACCCGCCGGAAAUGCAGGACAGCCAGGUCUCACAGGACCACAGGGACCUCCAGGUCUCCCAGGCAACCCCGGUGUCCCAGGGUCGAAAGGUGAACCUGGGGCUCCUGGCAGAGUUAUAACCACUGGGGAUUCCUCCACUAUUGCUCUCCCCGGCCCUCCAGGCCCACCAGGAGCACUGGGGCCUCCAGGACCAGCUGGUGCCCCAGGUCCUAUUGGACCCGCUGGUCUCCCUGGACAGCAAGGUCCACGUGGCGAGAGGGGGCUCCCAGGUGAAACCGUCGUGGAAACCGUCAGAUCAGAAAUUGCAACUUCAUUAUCGCAAAUAUCUCAAGAUUUAGCCGGACGACCAGGCCCCCCAGGACCUCCAGGCCCCCCAGGCGCUUCCAUCCAGGGACCACCUGGACCUCGCGGCCCACCAGGAGAAGGGUUACCAGGUCCACCCGGUCCACCAGGCUCCUUUGUGCCCACCUCAGAAACGUUCUUCGCCGGACCGCCAGGCCCACCGGGGCCAAAAGGAGACCAAGGCUCACCGGGCCCACGAGGAUUCACAGGCGAACCAGGUCAGCCCGGCCUCCCAGGUUACUCUAUCCAAGGUGGUGGCGUUGCCAUCCAGGGACCUCCGGGACCCGCAGGACCUCAAGGACCUCCCGGCCCCAAAGGUGAUGCAGGUGUGCCAGGGGCUCCCGGCAUUCCAGGAGGGUUUUCCACAGACGGAGCUUCAAACUCAGGAUACAUCAUGGGGCCCCCAGGUCCUCCCGGCCCCCCCGGCCCCGCUGGAGGCUCCCUGCAGGAGAUUCAGCAGUACAUUGCGGAGUAUUUGCAGAGUGACACCCUGGGGCGUUAUCUGAUUGGACCUCAAGGGCCCCCGGGCCCCCCCGGGCUGCCAGGACUCAUCACCACCAUGGACGGACAAUCCUUGGACUACGCUGAGCUGGCCAGGCGGGUCAUGAGCUUCAUGAGGAGCUCUGGUUACAGUUUUGAGAUGUCCGGCUCGUCAUCGUCAUCGUCCUCGUCCACCGGAGCCUUGUCGUACGAAGGCCUCCUCGCCAUGCUGCAGCGAGAAGACAUUCGUCAGUAUCUGGUUGGACCUCGGGGUCCCCCAGGCCCGCCUGGACCCGGAGGAGACGGCAUGUCUCUGAACUAUGACGAAAUGACCAGACGGGUUAUAAGCUACAUGACAAAUAAUGGACUCAGUAUUGGGCUCCCCGGCCCCCCAGGAUCCCCAGGGUUGCCUGGAACAUCUUAUAGUGACCUAACAGCUUUACUCCAAGGUUCUGAUUUUAGUGGCAUUGUUGGACCCCCAGGGCCACCAGGACCCCCUGGAAGCCCAGGUCUCCCUGGAAUGCCAGGCAGCUCGCUCUCCACGUUUACCCUGGAGGACGUCACCUCUUACCUGCAAAGAGUGGGCUACGCGUCCGUCUCUGGACCUCCGGGCCCCCCAGGACCUCCAGGGCCCCCCGGGCCACCAGGGCUGUCAGGAACCGGCCACUUCUCCUACACCGACAACGUGCUGAGCGACACAUUCAGGAGCGAGCUGAUCCAGUAUCUAGCCAGUGAUGAUGUUCGAAGGUUCAUCAUAGGGCCUCCUGGGCCCCCAGGGCCUAUGGGACCUCCGGGGCCAAAAGGAGAUAGCAGCAUUGUGACUGGGUCAUAUGGAGGAUCCAUGGGCGCCGGCGGCUCGUACAGUGGAUCCCUGGGGGCAGGAGGAUCGUACGGCGGAUCCCUGGGGGCCGGCGGAUUGGACGAUGGGUUGCUGGGUGCAGGCGGCUCCUACGGCGGAUCUGCGGGAGCAGACAGAACACAGGGCAGAUCGACGAGUUCAGGCGGCUCCUAUAGCGAGUCAUUCACCGGAUCGCUGGAUUACAACGAGCUGGCGCUUCGGGUGUCGGAGAGCAUCCAGAGCCGAGGCCUCCUUCGGGACGUGGUCGCUUACGCUGCGCAAGGUCCACCAGGACCUCCUGGGCCACCUGGGAUCAGCAGGGUGUUUGCAAACUAUGGCAACGUCACUGAGGACCUCAUGGACUUCUUCAGAACAUAUGGUACCAUCCCAGGGCCACCUGGUCAGCAGGGAGCCAGGGGCUACCCAGGGCCCAAAGGUGAACCUGGGCCAAUGGGGCCUCCAGGACGCCAAGGACCUAGGGGCCCCAAAGGGGAAAAAGGAGAGAAAGGUGAGCAAGUAUUUGUUGGCAGAAGAAAAAGAAGAAGUGUCGGAGGUUUAAGUUAAGCACUGGGAUCAGCAUUCCGUUCUGCCGGCUCCACGGCUGCCAUUUUGGAAUCUAGUCGAGAAUCUGCCUCUUUACUGGCUUCCUGCUAGAACAUCUUCCUAGUCAGUCAACUAACCACAGACUUGGUAGUUCAGGACGGGUCUUUGUUUUUCAAUUUGGUGUUGUUGGGCUUUCAAUGACUCUAGUUUGAACUGCCCAGCAAACAGAUGGGUCUCUGUGCAUUAAUCCCACACACACAUUGUCCACUGAUGCAAAUUGUAUUCACGUUCCCGUAUUUGUAACUUAGGUCUUCUAAGGACUUCCUUUGUCACCAAGACAGGCAUCUUGCAUUAAUGCCAGACUUAGAUAAAUACAGUAAAACCUGCUUUAACCAACUACUCAAGCACCCUGGAAAUUAAAAAAUCCAGGCAGGUGAGCAAUUUUUCUGAAAUCAGACUCCGAGCCAAGGUUUUGAACUGAAACUUGGACAAAAGUGAUUGGGAGGCUUUGGAGAUCAUAGAAGUAGGUUGUCUCAAGCCACUGAGCUUGAGUGCAGGUUUCAUUGUACUUGCCACCCGUCGCUGUGCAUGGCUAUGGAUUGUCUCUUCUUUUUGCUGUGUUCUGAUGAAAGCAACAAUGUAAGAAACUCAGCCACACUUCUGCAGGGAUCAGGAUUUCUUGGAGGUGAAGCAGAGUGGGUGGAGGGAUGCGUGGAAGUCUCCGUAUCAUUUGACAGUCAAAAACUGGGGAGCAGCUAUGCUGUCAAACGCCGGACAUGUAAUUCACCAGCAAUGGAAACUGAAGAGUAAACAUAACUCAGACACUAGAGCACACAGAGAAAUACCUGACCUCUGUUUACACUUCAGCUUCCCACCUGCACAGGUGCAGUGGUAAGAUGUUACCAUUUCAUUAUUACUAAAAUGGAGGCGGCCCUUAUAAAUUUCAAACACACUUUUUGGCACCACUCAGAAAUGCAUUUGGAGCUGCUUGAUAAGUCCAUGUAAUAUUGCAGUAGAAACAGAUGCCACAUCUGUUCCUUUCAUAGGCCAAUGCUACAAAGCGUGGUCCUACAACACUGCCAUGCAAUUGCAUACAGACACACCCAGGAUGGGCACCCAUAUGCUAUGCAGGUGACUCUGCCAAAUAUCCUUUUAAUUUUAAAUGCCAACUGCAUUGCCAAGAUGUGAAGGGUGUGGGGACAUUAGAACUUAAGCACUUUUGGUAAACAUGAUUUGUUGUUUUUAAAAAAUAUUUUUAUACGGUUCUUUUUUUAAGGUGGGGGAAAAUGCAAUUUUGAAUGUAAACCUCCCAAUUACUGUGUGUUUUAACCCUAUGUUCUCCGAUCAAGGAUUUACAUUUGGAACUCAGCAUUAGCCUCAGUGUCACAAGGCUAACAUUAGGGUUCAUUGGCUCAAACGAAACACAACACAUCAUGCAUGGAGAUGGUAACACUAGGCACCUCAAGAACCAGGCAUGUUUUCAGCACGUCCUAUCACAUCACGGCACAUUAUCAAAGUGAGCUUUAUUUGUGACAAACGGUCACUGUCCUAAUUGUACAAUGAACAUAGUCAACCUAAAUAGCCAACUGCCUGCUGACUGGGCACAUGAUUUCCAUCGUUAGUAGGGAAUUACACACAUGGGGCAAGGGGAGAAUGGCCCCUUUGUCUCGUUGACAACAUCUUCAUUUUUUUCAACAGUCCAAUGAUUUCACAAUUUUAAAUUUAUCCCAUCAGUGCAGGGCUAAUCUGGCAGGGACAGAACUGGCCAUGUGCUGGCUUAACUGGAAGGGCUCUAUGACCUACAGAGAUUAACGAGUCAGUCAUUUGACCACUGAAGUGUAUGCAGUUUUCCAUUUAACAGUCUUACCUCACCUGCCCGUUGAGAGACACAUCAGUAGCACACACCAACCCCAUCCCCCAACUGCUUAGUCAGGUAUACUCAAUUCCAAAAUUACCCUGUGGAUAAUCUCAAGGCUCUACGCUGGCAAAUGCUGAUUUUCCUCCAUUUAAAGGUGUUAAACUGGAACUGGGCGCUUAAUUGCUAGACAGGUUUGGUAUCUGAGCUUCAUAGAUCAAAUCAUAGAUCUUACUGAAAACAACAUCUGCUUACUUUCAUUCAAAGCGUAAACACCACUCAUCAGUUUUAUUCACUAACUCUAGUGAAGGGCCCAUGCUACAAAGUCUAGCUGGUCCAUUUGGUUCCUGUAUUAUUUUGUUUUGAUGGUUUGAAACACGGGCUGUGUUUAACUGGCUGGCUUUCUGAAUGCACAGAAGCUUGCUGUAUUUUUAAAUGAACAAAGUUUACUAUUGGAUUGUACAUACAAUGCCUGUACUUGAUGAGACCUUCCCUUUGUAAUAAAAUGCCCUGAAAAGUU